CUUCCUGCUCCAUACAGAACAUAGACAGGCUCCUUUGGCCACUCUGCGUAGAUCUAUUGCAGGAAAAAAAAAACUGCUCGCUCAUCCACAUUUCAAGCUAUAAAUUGGUCCUGCUGAGGACUGCUCAGUUCUCCCCAGAGUAAAGCAUGCAGCAAACGGUGGCAGCAGCGCUGCUCUCUCUCAUCAUUAUUAUAGCAGUGAGCAGCAGGUGGAGGGAGUUCUGGGAUGCAGCAGGGAUGCACUGAAGGACAAAGCUGGCUUGCUGGAUGCACAUCUCUCUUUAGAAGGCGGCUGGCAUAUGACUUUUUCUUUCAUUUGUGCUUUGAAGAACCCCAUUCCAGCGGCACAGGAGAAACCAACAACUCAAUGGAGCACAAUCACAUCUACAACACUUCUCUUCUUUCUCACAAGUACGGCUGUGGCUUGGGAUAUGUACCUGUUAUAUACUACAGCAUCCUGCUAUGCCUAGGACUGCCAGCAAACAUCUUGACGGUGAUCAUCCUGUCACAGCUGGUGGCCCGCAGACAAAAAUCCUCGUACAACUAUCUCCUGGCUUUGGCUGCUGCAGACAUCAUGGUCCUGUUCUUCAUCGUUUUUGUUGACUUUCUGCUGGAAGACUUCAUUCUUAACAAACAGAUGCCUCAAAUGUUGGAUAAAAUUAUUGAAGUCUUGGAGUUUUCUUCCAUCCAUACUUCUAUCUGGAUCACGGUUCCAUUAACAAUCGACAGAUACAUAGCAGUGUGUCACCCUCUUAAAUACCAUACGGUGUCUUUCCCGGCCCGUACAAGGAAAGUCAUUGUAAGUGUAUACAUCACUUGCUUUUUGACUAGCAUCCCAUACUACUGGUGGCCAAACAUUUGGAUUGAGGAUUACACAAGCACAUCAGUACACCAUAUCCUCAUCUGGAUCCAUUGCUUUACAGUUUACUUAGUCCCCUGUUCCAUUUUCUUUGUGCUAAAUUCAAUCAUAGUAUACAAGCUCCAGCGGAAAAGCAAUUUUCGAUUGAGGGGAUACUCAACAGGGAAAACUACCGCCAUUUUGUUUACAAUUACAUCUAUCUUUGCCAUUCUUUGGGCACCUAGAAUAAUUAUGAUACUCUACCAUCUUUAUGUGUCCCCAAUACAUAACAGCUGGUUGGUACACAUUGUAACGGACAUUGCGAACAUGUUAGCUCUGUUAAACACGGCAAUUAAUUUCUUCCUCUACUGUUUUAUUAGCAAACGGUUUCGCACAAUGGCAGCUGGGACACUGAAGGCAUUUUUCAAGUGCCAGAAACAACCUGUUCAGUUUUAUACAAACUACAAUUUUUCUAUAACCAGCAGCCCCUGGAUUUCCCCAGCUAAUUCACACUGUAUUAAAAUGUUUGUUUACCAAUAUGAUAAGAAUGGGAAGCCAUUAAAAGUAUCCCCAUGAAGGAAAGGUAUGGCAAUUGUUUGGGAAUACAGCUACUUGAUGCUAUUGUGGCAGUUUAUUUUGCACUCACGUGCAUUGGUGCUUUCUAUGGGUCAUCUGAUUUAAAGAUGCUGUUGAAUGAAAGCACAUGUGGCCAGUUGAAGGGAUUGCAGGAUCCAUUAUGGAGGUGCAGGUGGUAUAAAGAACAUGUCGAAGCCUCUCUCAGCAGAAUCAUCAUUUGUGAUUUUUGAGUUUUUACGAUAAAAACUGACAUUUACAAGCAGUAGUGCAAUAUGAAGUUCUUGAAACAUUUCAUUAAAGACAUUUUGUGGUGCUUAGAUAAUGCCAUCCAUAGCAGCUAUAUUAGCUCUUCAUAUAUUCCACCAUAAGCCGAUUUUUUUUCUGGGGAAUGUUUCUAAUAUCUUUUAUCCUUUAUUGGAUGUGCACUUGUUUGAAAAGACGUGUCACAUAUAUACAGUAUACAGUAAAUGGUUGAAUGGUUGAUUAAUUAAUGUUUGUGUUCUUUGUCCAAAAUAAUUUAGUUAUAACUACAGAGCAUUUUGCUAAAUUUCUACUGUCUUUUUAUCUACGGUAUGUGAAUGAUGAUGUUUUUGUUUAUGGUGUGAUUUGCAUCUUCUCCCUUAUAGUUUCAGUGAGCUGUGUGUGUGUAUUAUCCACUGGAAUUAAUAGCAGACACAUAUAGCCAUUUGUACAUGAGUUUGCUUGCAUUGUGAAUGAACCGUUUCUUUUGUAAUAUACCAAUUGUUAAACUCUAAACACAUGCCUUAAUAAACAAAAUCAGCAUAGGUUUUCUUAUCUGAAUGGGAUAAAAAGCACAUUGAGCUUAAACUUCAGAACAAGUACUUCCAUUCUUAUUCUUGCCACACAAUCUAACAGAGCGCUUGCAGAGUG